AUGAAUCUUUGUUGCUGCAGCGGCGUCGACAUCUCCUGUUGUCGCUGUGCAGCUUUUACUCAAAGAAAACUGUGCAGACACCGGUUGCAAUUCAUGUCGAUAAGUGAGUUAGUUGGUGGCCAAUGCGUCCAUUCGGAGUUGAUUGGGACGAUGCAGCAGGACACGAAUUAUUGCCAGAAGACCAGCUUCCCUACUUAUGUUGAACGAUGUGUUUACAACAUUUCUGUGGCCUCGCGCCAUUCCCAGUUGUAG